UCCGUCACGUCAUCGUCUUCCUCGUGUGGCUUCGACGAUUGUACAUUACUAAAAAGUAUCGCUGUAGAAAGCCGUGGCGAAGAGCAAUAACGCGAAGGCUCUCACGAAGGCAGCAGCUGCUACCAAAAUGGCCGCGUCCUGAUACCAGCUCGCCGCUGCCUGGACCCCCCUACGCAUAUACUCAAUUCUCAAUCGUCGUAUCACAGAGUCCAUUUCUUUCGUUGACAUCAAUGAAAUUAUAAUUUUCAAUACUUUCUGAGCUUUCUUAUCUUUGUGUGUUUGAGCUAUGCGCUCGAGUGACGUUUUGUUUUGGUGCAUCGUGUGAAUGACACUUGUUAACGUGGAUUUAAAAACCUGCACAUCGAACCUUAUUCUGCGCAGUUGAAAUCAGAAAUCACGCUGUACCUCGGGAACGGACGUAUCGGAGGAUUUCGUUGGGAGUCUCUCACGGACAGGAGGCACGAAGGAGGAAGGAAAGAAGCAGAAGAGGAGCGUACAGAUCCGUGGGGAUUAUCAGCAACAAGGUCGAAUUCUCAGGAGUCGUCACGCACGUGAAAUAUUUGAAUUUGGAAAAGAGUUCGGAAUGCGCAGGGUUCGACGAUCGGGAAAAUAGUCGAAAGCGAGAUAAGUGGACAUCAAGGAAUUCGUUUAUUUUUCAUCCUUAUAUCCCGAGACGUUCGGUGUGUGUUAGCCCGUGAAAUUAUUAAUUCGUAUGUGUACGUGCGUGUGCGUGUUUACUCGUGAACGUUGGAACGAUCGGCACGCGGUUUGUGGUUUGCGUUUAACGGUACAACGAGGAAAAGGCGGUGGCUCUCGACAUCUCCUUCUCUUCCUAUCGAGAAGUUAAAACCGCGCAAACACGAUCGAAUUCCAGCGGACACACGAUGAUACAACGGGGAAGAUUGCUGUGGUUGGUGCUGGCGCUGAUACUAAUCGAGGAGAGCUUUGGCCACGUAGCACUCACGUUUCCACGAGCCCGGAAGUACGAUCUCGACUUCCUCGAUAGCUCGAGAACGCCAGGACCAUGCGGCAUGCCUCGAGGAGAUGUUAAAACUUCGUUUCUUUCGGGAAGUAAAUUCAACGUAUCCUGGCAUUUGGCUUACCCUCACGAGGGAGGCUUCCGACUACAAAUUCUGGACGCUCUGGAGAGGCCGCUCGUGGAUCUUACUCCCGUGACGAAGCAGAGCGAAUUCGUUGAGGAUGACGCAACUGCACAGAGUUAUCCAGUCGAGUUGCCACAAAAUUUCACCUGCAUCAACUGCACUGUGCGACUGUUACGCCAGGCUACGGAGUGGGGCACGAGUUACAGGUUUUGGUCGUGCGCCGACAUCGAUAUCUUGGAGAGAAAAGUCUACAGAGAAAACUGCAGUGGUCACGGUCGUUAUCUGCUAGGAAGGUGCUCCUGCAACCGAUUUUACCAUGGAGCGAAGUGCGAAUUUCGUGAAGAUUGUCUCGUCGAUUCGGACUGUGGCACCCAGGGCGUUUGCGUCGAUAAUCAUGGCACAACCGCACCAACGAAACACUGCUAUUGUAAUGUUGGAUGGUACGGCCAAGGUUGCAAUAAACGAUCUCCGGUAAAGACAAUGGAAAUUGAUUUCGACGGUUACACGAUGAAACGUUUCUCGGACGAUUUUACAUUUUACUGGCGAAUAUUGCACGACGUUAAAGAGUUGGAGGGUAUAAUGGUCGUGAACGGAACAUCGUGGGUUGGUAUUGGUUGGCGCCCGACGAGUUUGACACCAGCGUGUCGAGCCUUUCCGGAAUUGCAUGAUCCCACGAGUCCGGAGCCGCUGCCAAUUCCGGAGCCCAAAUCGGAGCCAACGUCGGAGCCUGAACCGGAACCGAAAUCAGAACGACUCGGAAACGAGGAUCCUGCUCCCGAGCCAGAACCGGAAGCUGCGGGUUCGUCACCCGAACCUACUUCGAGACAGGUGAAUCCAUCGAGGAAAAAUAGUCCGGAACCUGAACCGGAACAUCGAGGAAAAACAGCGUCGGAUCCGAGCUCCGAACCGUUCAGAACUUCCGGAGCUAAGAGACGCUCGGCGAAGCCAAAUUUCGAUUCAUCGCCGGUGACUCAACGUAUUGGCACUGAUGUUACUGUACAGACGAGCGUUACCUAUCAAGUCAGCGCGAAGCAAGGUCGAAAGAGAAGGUCACCCGGACCAGCGCCACCCAGGCCGACAGGAGAGCCCAGCAGCGAGCCUGAGCCAAAAACUGAACCAGAACCGAGUUCCGAGCCCGAACCAAAGUCCGAACCUGAACCUAAAUCCGAGCCCGAACCAGAACCGAGUUCUGAGCCCGAACCGAAAUCCGAACCUGAACCGAAAUCCGAACCUGAACCAAAAUCCGAGCCCGAACCAAAAUCCGAACCCGAGCCUAAAUCGGAACCCGAACCAAAUUCCGAACCCGAGCCAAAAUCUGAACCCGAGCCAAAAUCCGAACCCGAGCCAAAAUCCGAGCCCGAGCCAAAAUCCGAACCCGAGCCUAAAUCCGAGCCCGAGCCAAAAUCCGAGCCCGAGCCAAAAUCCGAGCCCGAGCCAAAAUCCGAGCCUGAGCCUCAAUCCGAACCCGAGCCUCAAUCCGAGCCUGAACCGAAGUCAGAGCCUGAGCCAAAAUCUGAGCCAGAACCAAAUUCCCAUCCCGAGCCAAAUUCAGAACCGGAACCUACUUCCAACCAAGCAAACCUGGAAGCGGAGCCUAGCACCAAGGCGGGAGCUACGAAAGCGCCUGCGAGGCCCGUUGUACACAAGUACACUCCGAAGCACGAUUUCAAUCCUAUGGAUUGUACGGAUAUGGUGAUCGGCAUGGCUCGUGGAAACACUCACAGGAUCGGUGAUUACUACACGAGAGAUCGAUCGACACCACGCGCUGAUGCAUUCUGGGGCGGAAAGGACAGUCUUACAGCCGCAAUGGGAUUCGAGAAAAACAACGUCACUACGAUCGUAUUCAGGAAGAAAUUAUCAUCCAACGAACUCACCGAUCAUGAGAUAAUGGACGGUGACAUGCAGGUUAUAUGGGCCAAGGGCCAGGAACCCGGGAAAUACGUUCACAUUCCGCUGAGUGGCGUUGAAAAGGGCAAAGUUAGUGUCAAAGAAUUUUAUAAAGUUGACGAGUUGAAGUACCAUGGACAUCGAUCGCAACGAGGAGUUGCCUCGUUCAAUUUCUACGAUGAGAAAAACAAGGAAGAGUUCGGCGGUCACACGAUUCUUCAGGGUGGCGGAUGCGGAGGUGAAUGGAGACAUCCGAGGCAUUGCUCGAUCGAAAACGGUACCUGCGAGUACUACAUCAAGUGGACCUACAAAACGAAGAAGGAUCAAAUGUCCUUUACGAUAAUCACAACACACACGAACAGUUGGACAGGCGUGGGAUUCUCGGACGACGAGAAAAUGACACAAACCGACGCGGUCCUCGGAUGGGUCGAUAAAACUAGUGGCCGAGCAUUUGUAAUGGACACUUGGAUGAGUGGCUACAAUGCUCCGCUGUUAGAUCCGUCACAAGAUAUUUAUAACGCGAGCGGUAGAACCGAGAAUGGUGCUACGACACUCAGAUUCUCGAGAAAGCGAGUCACCAAGGACAAUCGAGAUUUAUCCUUCACGGACGAUCAUUGUCUCUACAUGAUGUUCCCUGUUAAGGGGGGCGCCUUCAAUCCUGUCAACAAAAAGAUCCGUAAACACGAAGCAACACCCAUCGUUUCUUCGGAAAGAAUUUGCAUCCAGUCAUGCGGGGUUGAAGAAGAGGACGAGGACGGUCCUGUGACCCCCGCACCGCCAAGAGUGUACUACGACGUUGAAGUGAAACUAGUGAAUUUGGGCGACGGUUUCGAGGCACCCCAGCCCGGAACGCCCGAUUUCGAGAUCAUCUCGAAUACCAUAUCAGACAAUUUUGGUCCAACGUUGGCAAAGUUGCCGGGUUAUUAUAACAUAAGACUCAACGAGUUGCAAAGAAAUGGGAAUGAUGGAGUCAUCGCGAAGAUGAAUCUCAUAUUGGACAAGAACGAGAUGAAAGGACGGGCUUUGAGACCAGCUGAUACAGUGGCUGUUGCUGAAGGAGCCUUGAAGGAAGCGCUUGUCACUGGAAGAGUAGGGUCUUUGACCGUCGAUCCUCAAUACCUCGUCGUCAGAGCUCCCUUGUCGAACGAUGUAUCGUUCGACGACGAUGAGGGUACGAGACAAAGUUCUAUGGAUUUAUUGCUUGGUUCGACGAAGCUUUACAUCGUGGUUGGCUGUGUAGCUGCGUUGGUAGCCCUGGCAUUGCUACAAGCGAGUUGCACGCUCUACAGGGCAACGAGAAAACGAACAACCAAGCAGGACAGACUGAUAGCGAACAACGCUUGGCGUGACUAUUCCUCGGGUGCGAAUACAAAUUUCGCAUUCGAGGCAUUUGAGACUGAGGAAAAAGCGCCGCCGCCUCCGGUCUCGAGUUUGCCACGUUCGAGGGACAUGACUGAUAACGGCGGUGCAAUGGCAUCUGCAGCGUCGCCUCGGACGUCGGCAAGUGCUGUGGCGGCUUUAUCUUCGAAUCCGGGAGAGACGCACAGGUUGCACCAGCACACGAAUGGUCACAAUAAUCAUCAUCACCACCACCAUCACAGUCAUCAACAGCAUCAAAUGACGUCGCCGCGUGCAACGUACAGUCUGCCACGUGCACCUGGUUCACGACAAUCGGCCCCACCACCCCAGCCGGGCUAUUACACGCAGGACCGUCGUAACAAUCGUUUCAAAACACCGGGAAAUGGUAGCACGAGUAACGGCACCGGUGGCCAAUCGACAUCGUCCCAACAACCAGAUUUUUACUUCAUGCCAAGUCAGAGAAAGUACAGUGGCGAGGUCGUUAGAGUUUACGUCGAUUACGGCAAUCAAAAACCCAAAUAAGUCAUUGUUACCCUGUUCUUUUUCGUGGAUCAUUGAAAAAGAGAAAAAAUAACAAAAGUAUAAUACUUCAUCAUCAGUUUUUCUUCUGUAAGCAGGAGGAACUUCAACGGCGAGACGGAGCUCGCGUUUAGAACGUAACGAAGUGUUUGUAAAGCCGUGAGACAAAUCGCCCAACUCAAAUGACACUGUAAAUAAUGAGACUUUUUUAAUCGAUACAUCCGACAGGUGAUUUGCUGCAAUAACCAUCGUGUUUGAAUGGAUUGCCGGAUGUUGCGAGACCACUCGCAAGCAUUUUAUUGAGAGCAGGGAAAGAACAGCCGCUGAAGAAUUACGGUGCUGAAUUUCGUCGUGAUAACGUUGUUUUUUUGCUGCAGCAUUUCGUGCUUUUGGUUCACGAUAAAAUGCGUUAAAUUCACGACGAAAAUUGCCAGUGGAAAGGCCACGGGUACGGAGGCGAAAGGCUGAAUGUGUCUUUGCUCAUCCGUCACCAAACAUGAUACACAAUAUUCAUAUACCAACUUCUCGGGGCUCUUCGAACUCAAAGUUCAGAACCGACGAAACGAAAGGACAGAAGAAAAAAAAUCGUUAUUAGUCGUUUUUAAUUGUAAAUAAUGAGACCCUCUUUAAUAUUGGGCGAUCGAAAAAUACUUAUGAGCGUGAUUAUUUUUUAUCGGAUAUUUUCAUCGGGGAGGUGAGCGAACGCACCGAAUAUUUUUGCGACCACGAAAAAAAGUACCGCACCGUUCAUUUUUUUUUUUUUUUCAAUCAAAUUUUUAUAACUCAAUUUCAUAUUUUGCUUCAUACCGAUGGCGAACCGAAUAUUUCAACGGGAUGGAAACUACGAAAAAUUUUAUAAUUCAUUUUUCUCCGAUAUCGUCUCGUGUACUGAUCUCAAAGUUUCAGUCGCUUUUUUUUAUCAAUAUGAAGAAUAAUUCUGAUCACAGGCUAUUGCGCUUACCACAUUCACAGAGGAGUGAUGACUUCAAUGGAAGCUUUCAUUUUUAGCGAUGUAUCAUGAAAUAAUUAUGAUUAACGAUCGAACUUGUGACGAAUCAAAUUUCGUGUCUUUCAGUUGCAACGGUGAAAAUUAAAUUGGCAUUUUUUGUAUCUCCCUCUCCUUGUAAUACGAUGGUUCAAAUUUAACUUGAAGUUACUCUAACUUGGGAGAAAAAAAUAAGAUAAAAAACUGCCUGUUCAUUAACGAUCUCGCUGAUCGAUAUGAUCCUUCAAAUGAAUUAUGGUUAAUACGGUUGCGUCACAUGAAAAUGAAGCAAAUAAAUCUGCGAUGCUUGCAAAAUAAAAUCUUCAAGUCCGUGAGUAUCGAAAUAUGUUGGCAGGUUUUUCCUUGCUGAAUUCUUUCGAGCUUUCGUUGUUACGGAUUUUUUUUCACCCAACCCAAUCAAUGCAUUUCUAUCGUAGUUUUAUUUCCGGGACGCGGUUUUCCCAUAUUUUAUAAUACGUAUUAUACCCCGAUCCCGAAGAUCGAGUCGCGCUGAUCGCGCUCAGGACCAAAGAGCAAAACAUAUUUUUUUGUUUUUUCUUGUUAUUGUUUUAUUCUUACUUUAAUUAUUUUAUUUUUCUCCCCUCACACAUUGUCGACAUGCAUCGAACGAAUGAUUUGAAAGAAAAGAGAAAUUAAAAAUUGCUGGAAAUCACUUCUCUUUAUGCACGUCAUACUUGCGUAUGGAGAAGUCGCGCUCGCUCGUCUCCUUCGCUCACGCUCUAUCGCCACACUUCCGAGUACCGAGUACCUAAUUUUAUACUCCUUAUUCACAUAAGAAUAUCGGAAAAACAAAUUCAUAUGAUAAAGUAAAAUAUAUAUAUACAUAUUUGUGCUAUUUAUAUAAGUUACCCUUUUGUAAUUAAUUUGUAUAACGCGUCGAAGAUUUAUAUGAUGUAGAUAAGAGAGAAAGAAUACGAGUGCGUACGAGAAACGUUGUAAAAAAAUGGCGUGAAAAAAUGUACGCGCUUUUAAUAAACGAAUUAUUUGUAA